CAUGGCUCAAGUUCGACGGAACGAUGUGCGUGUCAUCAUGGUUGCUGGCGGCGCUGGCUUCAUGGGAUGUAACUUUUCCAGGCACAUGCUGCAGCGCUAUCCUUCGUACAAAGUCGUGGUGUACGACAAGUUGACGUACGCUGGCAAUUUGGGCAACUUGCACGACAUCUGCGACGACCCUCGCUUGAUGUUUGUCCAGGGGGACAUUUGCGACGCCACUUGUGUGGAUGCUGCCAUCCUUGAUCAUGGCGUGGACACCAUCGUCAACUUUGCAGCCGAGACCCAUGUCGAUCGUUCCAUCUUAAACCCCGACGCAUUCAUCCACACCAACGUGCUUGGGACGGCCACCUUGCUCGACAGCGCCCGACGCCAUGAAAUCCGCCGCUUCCAUCAAAUCAGCACCGACGAAGUGUACGGCCAAGUGCAGGCCGAGAGAAGCAGCGUUGAAACUGACAGGUUGGACCCUCGAAGUCCGUACGCUGCCAGCAAAGCCAGCGCCGACCUGCUCGUGGUGUCGUACUUUGUCACGUUUGGGCUUCCCGCGACCAUCACACGAGCGUCCAACAACGUCGGUCCGUACCAGUACCCCGAGAAGGUGGUACCACUAUUCACGACCAACGCCAUGGACGACUUGUCUUUGCCAGUGUACGGAGACGGCCUUCAGCAGCGAGAAUACCAAUACGUGGCGGACCAUAGCGAAGCCGUGGACGUGGUGCUUCAUCAUGGUGUGGUCGGUGAAAUUUACAACGUCGGGACAGGGAGCAAUCCCAUGACGAACAUGGCCAUGGCGGAGCUGGUGCUGGAGUCUGUGAACAAGCCCACAGACCUCAUUCAACAUGUGCAAGACAGGCCAGGCCACGACCUGUGCUACCGUUUGAAUAUAGACAAGCUCCGACGAUUGGGGUGGCAGCCAUCGCAUUCGCCCCGAGAAGCCGUCAGUAAGUCCGUGCGAUGGUAUGUGGAAAACGAAUGGUGGUGGCGCCAGGUGAAACGAAGCGAUGCCUUUCAACGGUUUUACAAGGAUCAAUAUGGUCACCGGAUGAUCCAAUCAGCCGAAUAAGCUGGUCCAACUGUAGCCGUAGAGAGCGAUAAAACUAGAUGACUGCUGCAGGACUGGCACUUGUCUUAAUCGAGUUGUUCUGUACUCCAUUGUUGGAGCAUUCCAAG